AUGGGCGUGUCCCUCGCCGACGAGGAGCAGGAGCAGGGGCAGGACCACCACCACCACCACCAGUCAGGGCAGGAUGCUGUGGAUGGGACGGGGACGGGGACGGGGACGGAGACGCCGCGUGCUCCGGUGCAUGAGGAUGAGGGGGAGGGGUGGAGGUGGCGCCGCAGGUGGAGGCGCCGGCACUGGCGCAGCGCCGCCGGCGGGUGGUGGAGGCUGUGCAGGGACGACGUCCGCGUGCCCACGUCGCUCGGCCACUUCCUGGACAUGGAGAGGCAGCUCUCCGGCGCCGGGCUGCUGUGCGGCGGCGACGGCGCGGGGGAGCGGGACGCUGCCGCGGCGGCGGCUGUGGCUGUGGCGGCGGAUGAAACGGGGAGGUGGAAGCUGCGGAGGCCGGCGCAGGGGACCUCGUCGUCCCUGGCGAGGCUGCCGGUGCUGCUCACGGCAAUCUGCAGCGGUGGAACCGCGUAA